GCAAAGCUGAUGUCCGAGUUAUUUCCAAUAUAAAAGACCCAACAAAUGGUUUAUGGCACAUAAACCUGUGUAUUCUACUCGUCGACUGUUCAUUAUGAAACUGUUACAAGUUGUUCUGGUAUUGCUUUUCGUGGCAGUUAUUGCCGCGAAAGUCCAACAUAAAAGACAAAGCUCAUUGAAUGUACUAGCUCAGGUGCAAUCAGCAAUUCCCAGCAAACGGAGUAGAUCCAGCCAGCAGACCGCCGAAGAUGUGCUCAAUAAUUUCUACCGCAACGUUCUGACAACACAAACUGAGGCUGUCCAGAAGGUCUUGGACAUCGAAGCCGAAUUGACGGCCUUCGGCGAAAGCAUCGACUACUGGUGUUGGGAAAACAACGCCUUAGCACUGGAAAGCACCGUAAGGUGGAUUGGAGUUGGUUACAGCGUUUGUUUGGACAAGCUGGACACAUCAGUCGCCGAAUUACUUGCUAAAGUAAACAGUCGUAAUCACGAUCAGGAGGUGGAUCUAAGUCAGUACCAUGUGUUCGCGCUCUUCCGGAAGAGGAACAUCAUCAGCAAUCCAGAAGCCAUCGGAAACAAUAUUGCUUCCAUCGACUUUGGCAUCACAAAGGACAUCCCGGAACUUGACGUCGAUCUGUCUGCUUUUGAAAACGCUUUGAACGACAUACUUACUGCCUAUUCUGAAUGUUUGACUCAUAAGUUUACCUCUCAACAAGACGUUUUUGAUCAUAUUCUGAAGACUUCGAAAGAAUGUGCAGGUAUAGAAUAAAAACCCCCGAGAUAAACUAGCCAAAAAAAAACUAAAAAUCAAUACUACAGAUACUGUCCAUGUAACUGAUGUUGUAAGCGUUCAAUAAAGCACGUUGUUCAGAAACCCAAAAAA